CAGAUUACAGAAAUUGUUGAGGAGCAAUUUUGUCACUAACCUAAAAAGUUACUUGUGUUUAACAUGAUGCAAUCUGCGGAAAACGGCGAAUUGCCUCAGAAAACCCCUAAGCAGUUGGAAAAAGAGGCAAAAAGAUUAGCAAAACUUGAAAAGUUUAAACAAAAACAAGAAACCAAUCAGCAGAAAGGUGACCAGCCCAAGGAAAAAGCUGAGAAAAAAGAAAAGAAGAAAGAACCUAAGAAAGAAACAAUUUCCUACAAUGUUGAUACUCCUCCAGGAACAAAGAAGGAUGUUUCAGGACCCAUGCCUGAUGCCUAUAGUCCACAAUAUGUAGAAGCAGCAUGGUACAGCUGGUGGGAGAAGGAAGGCUUCUUUAAACCAGAGUAUGGGCGUAACAGUAUUUUGGAGCCCAACCCAAAUGGCACGUUUGUCAUGGUCAUCCCUCCUCCCAACGUGACAGGGCUGUUACAUCUUGGGCAUGCUCUCACCAACGCAGUUGAAGAUUGCAUCACUAGAUGGCACAGAAUGAAAGGACGAACAACUCUGUGGAAUCCUGGAUGUGACCAUGCAGGCAUUGCAACUCAGGUCGUCGUGGAGAAGAAGCUUUGGAGAGAGGAGAAGAAGACAAGACAUGACCUUGGCAGAGACAAGUUUAUUGACAAAGUCUGGGCCUGGAAGAGGGAAAAAGGAGACCACAUCUACGAGCAGUUGCGGCGGCUAGGCAGUUCCCUGGAUUGGGAUCGUGCAGCGUACACAAUGGACCCCAAGCUGUGUCGUGCAGUCGUGGAGGCGUUUGUCCGGCUGCAUGACGACGGUGACAUUUACCGAAGCAACCGUCUCGUCAACUGGUCUUGUUCACUGAAAUCUGCUAUUUCUGAUAUUGAGGUUGACAAGAAGGAGAUUCCAGGACGCACUCUGUUGAACAUCCCAGGAUACAAUGAGCCUGUGGAGUUUGGUGUCAUUGUGUCGUUUGCUUACAAAGUGGAGGGAUCGGAUGAAGAGAUCGUAGUUGCUACUACCAGGAUAGAGACUAUGUUAGGAGACGUAGCUGUAGCAGUUCACCCACAAGACUCACGCUACGCUCACCUUCAUGGACGCAAGGUCACUCAUCCCUUCUGCGACCGAACCUUGCCCAUCGUAGCAGACGACUUUGUUGACAUGUCUUUUGGGACAGGUGCUGUUAAAAUCACUCCAGCUCAUGAUCAUAAUGAUUAUGAGGUAGGGAAGCGACAUGACCUUCCAUUCCUAACAGUCAUCAACGAGGACGGAGUGAUUGUCGGCGAUUGUAAAGAGUUCAAUGGAAUGAAAAGGUUCGAGGCCAGGAAAGCAGUGACAGCGGCUCUGAAGGAGAAAGGACUCUACAGGGAAACCAAGGAUAAUCCAAUGGUGGUGCCAAUCUGUAGUAGAUCCAAGGAUGUUGUUGAACCUCUCAUCAAGUCACAAUGGUACAUUAAGUGUGAUGAGAUGGCUCGGAAAGCAAAAGAGGCAGUUGUAACGGGAGAGCUCAAGAUUAUUCCCGAGUAUCAUACCAAGACAUGGUUCCACUGGAUGGACAACAUCAGGGACUGGUGUGUAUCCAGACAGCUAUGGUGGGGACAUCGUAUCCCUGCUUAUUUCGUCACAAUUGACGAUCCUUCUGUCAAACCAGGCAAUGACACAGACAACGACUACUGGGUAACUGGCCGCAGUGAGGAGGAAGCUUUACAAAAGGCUGCAGCCAAGUUCAAUGUCUCCGUAGACAAGGUUAAGUUGAGGCAGGAUGCUGACGUGCUGGACACGUGGUUUUCUUCUGGCCUCUUCCCCUUCUCCAUAUUUGGCUGGCCCGAUGAUACAGAUGAGCUGCGUGCCUUUUACCCAGGAUCUCUGUUGGAAACGGGACAUGACAUCAUCUUCUUCUGGGUUGCCAGAAUGGUGUUCUUUGGCCAAAGAUUGCUCAACAAGCUACCUUUCAAAGAGGUGUUUCUUCAUCCGAUCGUUCGAGACGCCCACGGCCGUAAGAUGAGUAAAUCGUUGGGCAAUGUGAUCGACCCAAUGGACGUGAUACAAGGAGCGACUCUAGACCAGCUAUAUGCCCAACUGUUGGAAAGCAACCUUGACCCACAAGAGGUGGAGAAGGCGCGUGCCGGACAGAAACAAGACUAUCCCAAUGGUAUACCUGAGUGUGGCACAGAUGCUUUGCGCUUUGCUCUCUGCGCGUACAUGACACAGGGUAGAGACAUAAACUUGGACAUUCUCCGGGUACAGGGUUACCGUUUCUUUUGCAACAAACUGUGGAACGCGGUCAAGUUCGCGCUGACGUACCUGACGGGUGACAUAGCGGCUGGUAGUGACCUCGUUGGGUCAGAGAGCAGCACAGACCUGUGGAUGCUCAGUCGACUAUCAGCAGCUGUGGAAAUCAGCAACAAAGCCUUUGAACGCUACGAAUUGUCGUCUGCAACCACGGCCUGCUACAACCUCUGGCUUUAUGAUCUCUGUGAUAUUUACCUGGAAUGCCUCAAACCAGUGUUUGCGAGUGGAAAUGAGGAUGCUGUCAAAGCUGCGAGACACACACUGUUCAGAGUGCUCGACUGUGGACUGAGACUGCUGGCUCCCUUCAUGCCCUUCAUUACAGAAGAGCUGUACCAGAGACUGCCACACCCCCCGGGUAUCCCCCGGGCUGUCAGCAUAGCCGUAGCACCCUUCCCUGAACAGAGUAUCUACCGCUGGAGGAACCCUGAGCUGGAGCAAGAGAUGGAGUUUGUACAGAAGGUGAUUCACAGUGUCAGGUCUGCACGCUCCGACUACACACUGCCCAAGAACACCAAGACUGAGGCUUUUAUAAAGUGCAGUGACCCCAGUGUCAAGGAGAGUCUAUCUCGCUUCUCUCAGGCCAUCACCACCCUCGCGUACUGCAGUAGACUGGAGUUCUGCGACACUCCACCUACUGGGUGUGCCAUCCUCACCAUCUCAGAGAAGUGUGAGGUCCACAUCAACCUAAAGGGUCUGAUUGAUCCAGCAAAAGAGCUUAGCAAGUUGAGCAAGAAGGAAGAGUUCCUUAGGCAAAGUAUCACAAAAUUGGAACAAACCAUCGCUAUGCCAGACUACGAGAGCAAAGUCCCUGAAGAGGUUCGACAGUCCAACUCUGAAAAACUAACUACUAGUAGAGGGGAGUUAGAUCGUCUAAUAGACUCCAUGGCAUCACUUCGCUUGAUGGCGGAGUAAACUUGGAGUCAAGUGUCAGUAUUUUGAAUCGCUCAAUUUACGCCUUUAGGCUUUGAUCUUCAAGCAUUUACUUUUUAAACCUGAUAUGAGAUUUUGAUUCUAUUUUAAAACUUUUCAGAAACAUGAAAGUUUGAUAAGUAUACUGCAAAGAUUUUGUGAUAGGUAAAAACUUGAAUUGUUAAAAUUUUUCAUACUUACAUUUUUUGGAAGUUCGCGCUUUUACUUGCAGUGAUAAAAUAUGUUUAUUGGAUUCAUAAAAUUAUUCCUAGAUAGUUAUUCUUUUUUAAUAAUUUAAUUAAUAGUAAUAAUUUGUAUACAUAUCUUGUAUAUAGAGAAUUUUGAAUGUUUUAUUGGGUUUUUUUACUUGUAAAUAAAGUUUUAAGUUAGUACGAAAGAGAAAGUUUAGGCCUAUUGACUAAAAUAGUUUAAUUUGUGGCCUUUUAAAAACAUUUUAGUUCAUACAAAAUAACUAUUAAUUCAUUUACAUUUAUUUUUUUAUUAUUUUGGCUUUCAAAAUUUUAUUUGACACAAAAUACAAUAGAGAUUAUUACUUAAACGUUUUUUGUGAUCUGUUUAUUUUGAUUUUAAAUGGAUAAUUAUAUGUUAUUGGCUAGUUAGCUUUAUCUUUAAGUUUAUUUAUUUGUGGUUUUUAUGUGGUAAUUUAUGUUUUUAUGGGGUACUGAGUACUCCUCAGAGGUUAGUGAAUGUUGAAAUGUUGAAAUAAAGCAACAUGACAUGAAGAUUUAA